GCUCGGGGCCGAUGAAGCCUCUAAGUGCGUUAAUGAUUACAGCGGCCCUGCGUUUUAGAGUUCUCCCCUAGAAGCCUCAGUGUGUCCGAGUCUGAGUCUGAGUCUGAGUGGACAGCCAUGUCGGGACAGCGGGUGUGCGUGUCGGACUUCGAGGAGGAAGCGAGGAGAGUUCUUCCCAAAGCUGUGUAUGACUACUACUGCUCAGGGGCUGACGAGCAGAACACGCUGGCUGACAAUGUAGCUGCCUUUAAAAGGUGGUACCUCAUCCCUCGAGUGCUGAGGGACGUGUCCACAGUGGAUCUGUCUGUGUCUGUGCUCGGCCAGAAGCUCAGCAUGCCCAUCUGUGUUGCAGCCACAGCAAUGCAGAGGAUGGCUCAUCCUGAGGGGGAGACGGCUACAGCGAGAGCAUGCAAAGCGGUGGGAACAGGGAUGAUGCUGAGCUCCUGGGCCACUUCCACCAUAGAGGAGGUGAGGUCAGCAAUGACGACCUCGGGGGGCGGCGGCGGUGGCGGUGUGCUCUGGAUGCAGCUUUAUAUCUACAGAGACCGAGAGCUCACGCUGUCGUUGGUGCGCCGGGCGGAGAAGAUGGACUACAAGGCCAUCUUCGUUACCGUGGACACGCCAUACCUGGGGAAGAGAUUGGCGGACGUGCGCAACCACUUUAAAAUGCCCCAACACCUGAGCCUGUCCAACUUCUCAACAGCCUCCCUGGCUUUCUCAGAGGAAAACUAUGGCAACGACAGUGGUUUGGCAGUUUAUGUUGCAAAAGCAAUCGACCCUGCUAUCUGCUGGGAAGACAUCACCUGGGUGAAAAAGCACACGCGCCUUCCCGUGAUUGUGAAAGGAGUGCUGAACGGGGAGGAUGCUGUCCAGGCUCUGAACUACGGCGUCGAUGGCAUCUUGGUGUCCAACCACGGAGCCCGACAGCUGGAUGGGGUUCCUGCUACGCUGGACGUGUUGGAGGAGGUGGUGGAAGCGGUGCAGGGCCGCUGUGACGUCUACUUGGACGGAGGAGUGAGGCGAGGGACCGAUGUCCUGAAGGCCUUGGCUCUGGGGGCGAAGGCCGUCUUCGUCGGCCGCCCCGUGCUGUGGGGCCUCGCCUGUGAGGGGGAAAAAGGAGUUACAGAGCUCCUCGAACUUCUGAAAGAGGAGCUGAGACUGGCUAUGGCGCUGUCAGGUUGUCGUUCUGUGUCCGAGGUGAAUAGGUCCCUGGUCAGGAGGGUGGAGUUCACCUCCAGGAUGUGAGGAAAGAAUCUGCUGCAAGAAAUCACGCUCUUUUUCAUUCCCAAAUCAGUCUGAUAUUAUUUUUAACCCAUGUUUUUUGAAAAUGUAUAUCAUAUAUAACAUAUAACAUGACACCCAAUGUAGGUACUACCCAGCGUUUGAUUACAAUUUGUAAAAUUCUUAGAAAAAAAGAAGGAUUCACCAUUAACUAUGUGUCUGCCCUGCUGCAUAGAUUUUUAACAUUAUUUUGAAUGUUGCUUGGAGUGCACCUUUAACAAAAAAGUACAAGACCGAAUGGUCUUGCCGUUUUACUUCCUAAUAACUUCCUGUCAUGUUCUUCUUUAUCUGUACUUUUUGGAGUCAAUAAAAAUCAUUUGUGAUGUCACAAGAAAAUGUGCAAUACAA